UUUUUAGAAUUUUUUUAGAGUACUCUGCCUAUCGUAUACCCACCCGUGACGCAUAUUGCGCAGCUCUGGAUAUUCAUGGGAAAGAACAUUUUCUAGCUCUCUAUUUGCAUUUGUAUUGUACAGUCGCAGGAGUGAUCGACAGCGACACAAUGCCUAUGCAUUCAUGCUUGUUAAGACUACUGCUGCUCGGGUUCCUUGCAACUGUCGCAAGCUGUCAGAAAAGCAUCAAAGACAAGCCUCCUUGUCCGCCCACGAGGUGCGUCCAUGCAGCGGAACCGGAUAUCUGCUGUUUCAAAGGUGUACGUAAAUGCACGUGCCACUGUGCUAAAUCUGCAAGGCACUGCACAAAUGAGUCAACAAAACACUGUGGAAAGACAGGCAUACCAGUUUGCGCCAAGGAAAUAGGUAGAACGAUCUGCCACUGUGUAAAUCGCGGACAACAUAAGCCAGAGCUUCCACCCAAAAAACCCGGACGUCCAGGCCAAACAUCAUGUAAAGCGACGAAAUGCUACAAUCCUGCAAUGCCGCAGAACUGCUGCUUGAUGAACAACGGCCAAUGCUAUUGCAACUGUGUGGCGGCUAAAACCCUAUGCAAGUCCGUAUGGGCCCCGUCUUGUGGCGCAAAAGCCAAGCCAGAUUGCACUGUUCAAGUGGAGAGAACCCUAUGCAAAUGCAUUCCAAGCCAACAUUUACCAGAACUUCCGCCUAAUACUGGUACCGAAAAACCAGGAGGAGGAGGAGGUGCCAUUACUCCUUCUUCAUGUCCUUUGACUCAGUGCGCUGUGAAGUCAAGUAGAACCUGUUGCUUGCUGACCGACACGGGAUGCAAGUGCGUAUGUGUAAAGCUCGAGGUAAGUUGCUCGACGACAUGGAAAGAGAUCUGCAAAUCGCCCUAUGUGAUCAACUGCGAGAAGCGAAAUGGCGAAAGAAUGUGUCGAUGUGUCAAACAGCCGCAAUUACAACAAGGAAAGCCAGUUCAAGUAAAUGAAGGUGGACUUCAAGGAAUGAAGUUGGGCCAUCAGUGCGUUAUGAGUGGAUGCCAGAAUGGGCAUAAGAAAUGCUGUUUGAUAUCUGGUGUUGACUGCAAGUGUCUGUGCGUACAUCGAUUAGUGCGGUGCUCAACCGCUCUGAUAGGGUCUUGUACCGGCAAACAGGAACCUAGAUGCGAAAAUAAAGGCACCGAAGACGUUUGCACUUGCGUAUGAAAAGAUGACUCUAGCAGCAUGAAGAAGAAGGAAUGGGGCCGACCGUUCUUCAGACAUCGCUGUGAUACAUAUUAGCAACCAUAUCAAGAAGCGCUCGUUGAAACAGCUUCGGCAAUAAACUAUCUCUUAAACAUG